AUGGGAGAUGACUUUGAAACGUGGGACUGGACUUGUGGGCUUGUCCUCAGAAGUGAUAAACCAUCUGUGAGAAAUCUGAUUUUGAGGUUGGUACUCGUCUUCAGCGCCCUUGAUCCCAAAGUGCCAAUCACGCUGGAAAAUGAUGAGUACGCUGCAAAUCAGACGAGUGAAUCCGGCUGUCCUAGCGAUUCAAUAUCUAUGGAUAGUAACCAAUUCGAGACUAGAUCUGGCGAGAGCAAUGAGGUAAGACCAAGACAGAAUGGAAGCAGCGGAAGGUCUAGUCCCGAUGACCAACCAGAUGGACAGUCCUUAGGCAGACAGUUAUCAUCAGCCAUCCUAAGUCCAGGGGCAUCAGCAGCAAAGGGAGCUUCGAAUGGCUACUUCCCACGUUUCCAAGAUGAUGAUCUUGAGUCCUCUGAGGAAAAGGAGUUACGUGGAGCAGCAAGUGAGAAGGAUCGAGAUAGAGAAUUUAAAAAGGUAAAGAAGGAUAUUGAAGGUCUCUCAGAGCGUUUGGAGGAAAUGAAGGAUAUGCCCAAAGCUUUUGCAUCCAUCUAUUACAAACAGGAGCUGUUUCAAGGGGUCUUGGCGACGUUCAACAAAGACGUGAUGGCAGUUCAUACUAGGUUGGACAAGCUGAAUCUUUCGCCCAACUUCAGAGAUCCGGGAAUCUAUGACAAACUGCAGAAGAAAUUCCAAGAGCUUGAGCGAUCUGUUGCGUCUCUUCGUCAGUAUGGAGAAAAGAUAGAUGAGAGACUGCUGACGUUGGAGACCUCUUACAGCGGAGUCUUUGUCUGGAAGAUUGCAAAUUACACCGAGAAGAAGAGGGAUGCUAUGAAUACAAACGUCAAGUCGAUCUAUUCGCCGCCGUUCUAUACCAGUCAGUACGGAUACAAGCUUUGUGGACGAGUUUUCCUGAUGGGAGAUGGCGUAGGGAAGGGCACGCACAUCUCACUGUUUCUAACGAUCAUGAAAGGUUCGUUUGAUGCAGUGCUGCCUUGGCCAUUCAAGGAGAGGAUUACUUUCCAGCUAGUCAACCAAGACGAUCCUAUCAACAAGAGUAUCGUAGAGGCCUUCAGACCUGAUCCUGCAAGCUCUUCGUUCAAGAAACCUACCACAGAGAAGAACAUCGGAGCAGGAUGCCCCCUGUUUGCCAAGAUCCAGAUAAUUGAGGAUCCAAAGUCAGGGUUUGUCCGAGACAACACCGUCUACUUGAAGAUCAUUUCUCAGACAUCUGAUGUCCCUGAUAUCAAGUAAAACCAGAAGUGAAAUAACAGAACCCGACGUCACUGGUUAUUCAAACGCCUCAAGGUUUAUUCUCUUAUUGUAAGAGAAGAAUAUCUUUGGAGACCGAUCAGCAGCUGCGUUCGCGUCGCGGUCUCUGUUAUUUCCAAUUUAAUGUAAAGGAAAGGAAAAGAGAUACCGGUAUCAUUAUAUUUGCUGUAAAUAUGGGAAAUUGAAUUCUCUUAAUCAUUGCUUCUAUUAAAAUGUUGUAUAUACACUGUACAUGUACAUACUGCAGUUUCGAUCGACGGGGCCGUGGAUUAUGAUAAUAAUCAUAAAUAGGCCUGCGUGUAGAACUGUCUAGAACUUCUAUUACCGGUGAAUCAUCAGCUUUAUUCCUGUACAUUAAGUUGAAAACCAAAAUCUGCUAACAUCUGGUAAACUUGAUAUCCAAAGGGACUGUUAUGAUUGUUCAUAUUUUUGUUGCCUCUAAACCUUCUUUGUAUAUAUAUACUUGUAUUUUUCCUCAUUACUAGAAUAGAAACUUUUUAUAAAAAGUGAACAUAAAUUGAAAAAAUUACUACAAGGAUUUUGCUUAUUUCCUAAAGGGUUGAUUUAUUUUAAGCGCCGGUGGAAAUAGACUGUUGCACUUAUUAUCUGCAUUAUAUUCACGUAUAUACCGGUAUAUAUUUCCCCCCCCCCCCCAUUUUUUGUUGUUGUUUUCAGUGUUUUUUUUUCUCAAUAUUAGAUUUUUACCAAAUUUACUAGUGAAAAGCGAAUUUGAAAGAUUUUCAAUCAUAUCAUGAAAGAUAUAAUUUCUUUCAUUUUGUGUAAUUUGGGGCAAUUUUCUGGCCAUAGGAAAUGGUUGAUAUGUUGAUCCUAUUCCAGGAUCAUACCAAUAUAUUUCUAUCAAGGGGAUAAAGUUGUAGUCGGAAUCUAGACUGGACUACGACUAGACAUCUCUUCUGUGUUUUUUUUGUGGAAAUGAUAUGUAAAGGUAAUGCAAUGUGUUGGUAGAGGUCAUAGAAGUCUACUAUCAUUCUUUGUUCUAAUUCUUGAAGGAUGGAAAUAUUCCUUUUCUCGGAAAUACCACAAAAAUAUAGAGAAUAUAUUAUGUAUAUUGUUUGUGUUAGAGUGAAUGAGGUAUAAAAUAUGAAUUAAGGGCCAUUUUAACAAUCCAGACUCCUUUGUUUCAGACACGAGCACGGUUUAAGACAUUGCAAAACUGAAUAGCAUGAAUCUUUCAGACAAAGUAGGUUGGAGUGGAAGCAGUGUGCAUAACCCAGUGCAUCUGUAUGGUCUAAAGUCACACAGAUGGAAAGAUUCUUUCUUGCAAUGACUUUGCAAACAUUGGUCAAGUCUGGAACUAAUUAAUAGCUGGGUUGUUAGAAUUAUCAUAGGUAUGGGUUGAGAGCAUUUUCUUUUGUUAAAUACGGUAAUCUGAGAUAAUUGAUAGUGAAAAUCCAUGUUAUUCAGUGCUCUGGCAGGAAUUUUGUCACACUUGGUCCAAUUAAGACUAAGAUUCAUAGAGGCAUUUUGGUCUAGUGGAUAUAUUGCUGGACAAGGUUUGAAUCCCUACUGCACAGCAACGAGGGUCCUUUGGCAAGACAUUAAUCUACAUUUUCCACACUCAACCCAGGUUCUCGGCAUCCACUAGCGAACUUCGAAGCCUAUACACGAGUACGGAUAGAUCAUAUAACUCAUUCAUUUUUAAAAUGUUAGAUAUUGAUGACAUAAUGUUUUGAUUAUUGUGACUGACCCAGUUUUGUAAUUUGUAUCUUAAGUAAAAUGUUAUCAGGAAAACUCAAGAAGUAGUAAAAAUGAUUAUGAUGUGAUUGGUUCUAUGACCUUUACCUAGUGGCUUCAGACUGUACAGUGCACUGGGUUGCACACAUUUUUCACUCAUUUUGUAUGCAGUGCAUUGCCGUUACUUGCAUAAAAUGCAUAAAAGAAUGAGAAACUCCUCAAAUUUAGUUAAUUAAUGAGUAACUCACGCUUGAUCUGCUUCAUAAACAAUUUACAUUUCUUUCUUCUUUAAAUUUUUGCAGCAGUGUUUGUAAAUACAAACACAACGGGCUCUGAAGUUAUAUAGGAAAUAUCAUUUCAUAGAGAUCUCCUAAAAUAGGAUUUUUUUUUUUUUGGGGGGGGGGGGUAAUCUUAGCCGGCAGUCUUGUUUUAGCAAACAAUUUUUUUUUAGAUAGCACAGGUAAAUGGAUGAUAUUAACAGUCUUUUAAAAUUUCACAUAUUUGCUUGGUGUAGAUGUCCAGAGAAUCUCUGAUAAACCAUUAUUAUAUAUGAUAUUGUAUACAGUUAGACAUGGAAAUUAAUGUGUGUUUAAUAUUGUCAUGUAGGCUGUAUGAAAUGUGCUUCUAUCUAAAAUAUAUUUAACCAAUAUACAUUUGGUUAUGCUGAGGAAAGCACAGAAAUUUUCCCUUUUUUUUCUCAAUUGUUUACGCUAUGUUUAGUAAAAAUAGGUCACUAAUAGAUAACCCUUGUAUAAUCAUAUGCUUUUGUAACUAUCUUGUGUUUAUUCAGAUAUCCUAAUCUAUAUACAAACCUAUUAAUAACUGGGACCUACAUAAUAAGCUUUGCUUUAAAUAGUAGAUCCCCCACUUUAUUUAGCUUUUUUAUUUUUAUUUAUGUGAACUUUAUUUAGCUUUUUCAUUGUAUGUACAUAUGGUACUUAUGAUUGUAUGUUUUGUCAUAACUACCGGUAUUACCAUGUACAUUACGUUCAAUUAUGUGAUCUUCGAUAAAGUGCAAAUAAGUAAAUAAAUAUACAAUUAAAUAAAUAUAUAUGUAGUUUAUAGUGGUCGAGUGGUUUAAGGCGCUUGACUUGGAGAUGCAAAGGUCGAAGGUUUGAAUCCCAACACGGCACUAAUAUCCUUUGGCAAGAUAUUAACCUGCACUUGCUACUCUCCACCCAGGUGUUAAAUGGGUACCCGGUAGGAUGCGACCGUCAUUGUUG